AUGUCGUCAUGUAAAGGCCUUUUCCGAGAGCACGAGUUGUGGUGCAGAGGAGUGAAGAGGAGGAGGAGAGAGACAGAGGCGUCUGUGAAGAGUGGAAGAGACCGGGCGAGGAACUCCGGGGUUGGGAUUGUAACCUUCACCACUCAGCCGUGGAGCUGCGCCGAGUCCCCUCUGAGCCUGACGGUACAGCGCCACACGCACCACGUGGACGGCGUGGAGAUCUGCGCUCCCUUCCUGGCGGGCGACUGCGACUUGUGGGCCACGUGCCCUCGCCACCACACCACGCUGCCCUUCCACUGGCAGCUGCGCAAGCGGAGGCCCGUGGCGAGGCCGGGGCCCUGGCCAGGGCUGCCCGGCGGAGACCGCGGCGGCGACACCGGCGGUGGCACGGUCGGCAUGGCGAAGGCCGGAGGGGAUGAGUGGGAGAGCCUCCCCGAGCAUGCCCAGGACCCGCUGGAGAAGCUCUACUGUGACCCCGACCGCAAUGUCAUCGUGCUGCAACACGGGCUGCGCCGCAUGGUGGUGGACCUGCACACGAUGCUUGUGCGCGACUCCGGGUAUGACCGCCUGCGUCGCCUCUCCGUGUCUGAGCCCGGAGGCGCGAACCCCGAGUUCUGUACCCUGUGGAAGAUCUACUGGAAGGACCAGCUGUGCUGGAAGGAGUACGAUGAGCCACUGGCUCUGCAGUUGGAGGCAGCUUGGCGUGCGGGGCAGCGGGAGGUGGUGGUACCCGCCCGGCGCGAGCAGAGCGGUGCCGGUGCAGUUGCUGGUGCGGCUCUUGGUGCUGGCGGUGGUGCUGGUGGUGGCGGUUGUGUUGGUGGUGGUGGGGUGGUCGUGGACCUGGCGAGCUCCGUGCAGCACGACCUGGCCUUGGGGACGCAGCAGCGUGUGGCACGGCGCCCGCUCUACCGCUCGCCCGUGCUGCUGCUGCCUCUGCUCAGGACAUUGGCCGACCCGGCAGAGUUGGCGAACCCCAUGCUGGUGACGCCGUCGCAAUCCUCCUCCUCCUCCUUGUCCUCCUCAUCCUCCUCGUUGUCGUCUUCGUCAUCGGUGCCGCUGCUGCCGGCCACGUGGGUGCCAAUGGAGCCGAGCGCCGACUUUGUGCAGGUGGAGAUGUCGGCGAGCGAGCGUGCCUUCCGUACCGUCUACUCGCUCUUCCACAAGACGGUGCCCGAGACGAAGGCAUCCAUCGUGUCCAUCCACCGCGUACAGAACCCCUUCCUCUGGGAGAAGUACUGCAGGAAGAAAGAGCACAUGUGCCGCCGGCUGCCGGAGCCGCUGUGCCGCACCACGGAGCGCCACCUGUUCCACGGCACGUCGGCCGAGGCGAGCGCCGCCAUCUGCAAGCACAACUUUGACCCUCGCGUGUCGGGGAAACACGCCACGGCCUACGGGCAGGGCUGCUACUUCGCGCGCCGCGCCGUCUACUCGCACGGCUACGCACGACCCUCGGGGGAGCGCGGCCUCCGCUGGAUGUUCCUCUCCAAGGUGCUGGUGGGCAGGCACGCGCAAGGCAGGCCAACGCUUCGCAGGCCGCCUCCAAUCAACCCGUGCGACCUGACCUCCGACCUGUUCGACUCCUGCGUAGACAACCUGGCUGACCCACAAAUCUACGUCGUCUUCGACAAUGACCAGUGCUACCCAUACUUCCUCAUCUGCUACCGAGUGCUGGAGGACGUGGUGCAGAUAUGAGCAGUCUAUCCCCGGAGUGACCAGACUAAGUGGGUGACCGGGCCAAGUGGGUGGACCAGGCUUGUGAAUGACCAGGCUAGUUGGCGACCCAGCUCACGGGUGACCGGGUGAAGUGGGCAACUGUGGCGAGCAGGUGGGCAAGAGAGUGGGGGGCGACUGACUCGCCGGGACACCCAAGUGAAUGGGAAACCGGGGCUAGUGGGCGACCUGGGCUAGUUAGAAAACUGUCCAGCGGGAGACUGGGUGCGCAAGAGCCUGGACAGUCAUCGCCACGUGCUCGGAAGAGGAGUCCUCGUUACAAUUGGGAGUCGUCGGCUGCGGUUGGAGCACGUUGCCGCAAGUUGGGGCCGCCAAGCCCCGCUGCUCGAGGAAGACGACAGCAACGCUGGGGUUCGCCAUCAGUGGGAGUCAUCGCUUGACCACCGUCGUCAGUGUUUGGGAGCCUUUGACGUCUCUUGGAAGGAUUUGUUGCUGAUCCUCACCCCCUGUUUGCAGUCAUCGCUUACGAAGAUCCCCGUUGAUGGGAUUCGUAGCUAUCAGCAGGAGCUGUGGACUGCCGGCCGCGGGCUAGGUAUUACCGCAACAGCGGGGCUUCACCAGCGUUGGAAUUCUCCUUACCCUCGGAAGCUGCCGGCACUGCUGUCUCAGAGUGAUCGCGGGAGUUUUGGCACUCAUUGGCACCACCGCAGUUGGGAGACAUCGCCAUUGUCUCGGCUGCACGACGUGAAAAAAUACUAAACUCUGAUGGGGACUUGUGACUUCACUGGACCGCCGCUGCUGGAGUUUGCAGUUAUUUUGUUUUUAUAUAAAUGUCCAAAACUGAAAGGGGGUUACGCAUUGGCCGAAAGAGAUUUUUCCCUACGGUUUUCUCGCAUUUGUUUUGUACGAUCGCAAUUAUCAAACGGUAAUAAUUUAGCGUUAUUUGUUAUAUAUAUUUUCGUUUGGCUGUCGAAAUGAAUGCCAGCGGGGUUGGGCGUGACUGACAGAUGCAUGCACACGCGCACAUGCACGCACAGUUGUAAGCACAUGUUAAACGCAUGCACUUGUGUACGCGCAUGUAUGCACGUGCACGCAUGCACACACACGCACUCGUGCACACACGCACGCACUCAUGUCCAAAAACCCACAGACGUAAUCGUACACACAUAUGAAUGUACGCGCACACGCAUGUGCUCGUAUACACACUCGUGUAUACGUUCUUACACGCACACACACAGAUCUAAACUCGUAUGUAUUUACAUGCACACUAAUACAGAAGCCGUGGUGACAAGAUGUUAUCUCCCUCGCCUAGUACGCAGGAGGUUGUGGGUUCUAUCCCGACCCUGACAAUGCCUGCUGCUGUAUAUUUGGAGUUUGCAUGUCUCUCUCCCCGUGGUCGCGUGGAUUUUUCUGCGGGUCCUCUGGUUUUUUCCUCCACAUUUACAAUCAACAUCACACGUUUAGAGUAUUUGGCUGCUGUAAAUUUCCACAUGGUAAGCCACUUCGUUGAGCUGUCAUUUGUGGCCAGGUCGCUUCUGAAAAAGAGCUGUAUAGCUCUGAGCUUUACCUGGUGGUAAAACAAUAUUAUGUUUUGUUUAAUAGAAGCACAUGUACACUCACUAUAUUCACCACACAACACGUUCAAGUACAAACACCUGCACAUACAUAAUACACAUCACAUGCACGCACCCCGCACACACACAAGUCAAACAAACAUAGCCGACUGUUGGGGCAACUGAUGUUAGUCGCACACACCACACGAACACACACAGACAGACACACACCCCCUUUUACACACACGUUUUCCACUUUGCUGGCGUUAACUUGAAAAUUGCUCUGGGCCCAUCAUCUGGAUUGAACUCACAAACGGUUCAGGCACCAAAGCCCUUGCUUGUGCGUGGAUUACAAUUCGCGAUGCCCCCACUUGGGCGGGGGGCGGCGGAGGGGGAAGAGGUGGGGGC